AUGUCUGUUCUCCUCAUAGGAUCCACUGGAAUGGGAAAGAGUACCUUAGGGAACUUUCUUUUAAAUCCUGAUGAUAAACAUCUGUUCAACAAACAAACAUUUCCUUCAGCCACAACUAACAGACCAAUGACAGAAGAAGUAAAAGUUGUAAGUAAACGUGUACGAAUUGAAGCUAGUAAAAGUGAGAUGCUUACCAUAAUUGAUACACCAGGGUAUAUUAAAAAUGGUGAAAAAGAUUUAUUGCAUAUAAUCAACAUCAUAAGAAAGUUGAACGAGUGUGGAGAAAUCAAAGCUUGCAUUUUGGUCAUUAAAUUUAGUAGCAAAAUUGAUGCACAGUGUAAAGCAACAAUGAAACAUUACAGUAGACUCUUGCCUGAUCUGUUUGACAAAAAUGUCAUCAUUGUAAUGACUGAAUUUUACACCGAUACCAGAUCAGAAGCACUCAGAAAGAGGCAAUGCAUUGAUGUGGAGCAAGUAAAACGUAACACAAUAAUAGAGCUUACUAAAUACUCUAAUAAUCAAAUAUCAUAUUCACCACAGCUGUUCACAAUCGACUGUCUGCCCAUGACUAGUGCCGAGAAAGAGACUAGCUUAAUUGAGCGCAAAGCAAUCCUUAAUUACGUCUUUCAGUUGCCACCAAUAAGAAUCAAAAUCCAGAAAAUACCAAAACCAGAUUAUAUUAUACAUAAAGAUGCUCAAGAGAAUGACAAGCUUCAAGGUCAAAUAAAAGGCUAUAGUGAAAGGUUGAAAGAGUUUUACAAAACGAGUAAGGAGGCCCUUGAAGAUGCUCACAAAAAAGAGAGGGAAUUUAAUGAAAUUGAGAGCAAAAUAAAUAACCUUGAGACAAAUUUGCGUGACAAAAAUACAACAGAAGACGUUGUUGCUUCACAAUGGUCCUUUAAUGGAGGGUGGAUAAGGAGUCGAUUGAUGACACGAGACUUUAACGUUAAAUCACCUCAUAAAAUUACAAACUAUAGUAUGAAUGGAAAUUGUGAAUUCAACGACGUAGUACAAACAUCCUAUACUGUCAGUGGAAGAGUUCAAGGAAAAUUCUCACGUCGAAUUAAUGCAUCAGUUAUUGCGUACACUGAAAAAAGAAUAAAAUAUGCAGAUGAAAUUGAAGAUUCAAAGAGAAGAUUAAGCAUCGAAAAUACUAAUCUUACACAAUGCAAAUCCGCAUGUGAAGAUUUUCACAAGAUACAUGAAGAAAGCGAAACAGAAAUAAAAUUGCUUGAACAACAAAUAGAUGAAAUUCGAGCUACUGCUGCAAGAUUCCAGUCAGAUUUUAUGACACUAGAUGAAGCUAUGUCAAAGCUGAAAUCUUAA